AUGUCAGUGAAUUGUGAUCUUCGAAUCUCUUGGUGGCAAGAAAUUCUCAUAAAAAUCCUCUCGAGUGGCCUUAAAAUCACUCAUUUCGCUGUUGUGAUGGACGGAAAUCGUCGUUUUGCGCGGAAACUGCAACAGAAAUCAGAAUUGGGACACAAAAAGGGCAGCAAGAAGUUUUUCAAGAUGUUGAACAUGGCAGCAAUCUUAGGAAUUCAGGAGUUGACGGUCUAUGCCUUCAGUGUGGAGAAUUUCAAGAGACCCGCAGAUGAACUUCAGGACUUUAUGAGCCUCAUAUUGAAGAUCCUCCAGAAAAUGUUGGAUAACAUAGAAGAAUACAAAGCUAAAGGCAUUAAAUUCACCUUCAUCGGCGAAUUGCAUCUCAUCGAUGAAGAGUGCCAGAAGUACUUCCAAAAACUGAUGAAGGCCACGGAGGAGAACAGUGAUUUUCUAUGCAAUAUUGCUGUUGCUUACGCUUCGCGUGUUGAGAUCACGAGAGCCAUUAAGAAUGCCGUGCAGAAUCCAAAGACACUGUCUGAAGACGUGGAUCAUGAGGUGCUGGAGGAGUUUCUCUACAUUCCCAAAGGACGACCGGUGGAUUUGUGGCUCAGGACAUCCGGAGAGACGAGAUUCAGUGAUUUUCUUACAUGGCAAAGUGACAAAGCUGUUAUGCACUUCAGUCCAGUUCUGUGGCCGGAAUUUGGUGCUUGGGAUUUAAGCGCUUUUACAUCCUAUGAAAGAGCUUUUUCACCGUUUUUCUAUGGAAGUUGGUCGUCAACAAUAAAAGCCAGUGAAUACAAUUCACUGGAUAAAUGUGAUUAA